CAUAUACUGGUUGUUCUUGUUAAAUAUAAUCCCUUUACAACUACAGUUUUUGUGACUUCCUGGUAAUUAAAAACGAAAACGUUGUCUUGGGAAACUGAGCAAAAAGUUUAACAUCUUCACAAACUUUUAAAAUAAAAAUGUCAAACUUGAACUAGAUAACUGCGGCUACUCCCUGUCGUGUCGGCUUCUUCUUACUCCUCGCGAAGUGUUAUUAAUAACAUAUUUUCUUAUCAGAAAGUUUUGAGUGCGAAAACGCGCAUGGAUUUCUUUCUCUUUAUUUGGUUGUGGUCCCAUUUGGUGGGUCGAUGGUGCAAACACAUGUGGUAUUGCGGACGCGGGGGGCAUGGACGGGGCAGUAGGUGGGUUUGCGUCCCCAACGAGGGUUUACCAUUCAUUUUACUGUUUUGUUACAAAUACUGCACUUCUUCCUGUAACAAACGUUCUCAUUCUCCAAAGGCAGACAAUGUUUUGUCCCUAUUGUGGCAGUCAGCUGGGCACGGGCGCUGCGCCAGCUUUUUGUUCCACCUGUGGGCGAUCACUUGCCUUUCUGCCGUCAGGUGACCAAUCGUCCGCGGCGUUGGGAGGACCACCAACAGGUAAUAUGUCUCUUGCAUUUUACUGUUUUCUCUUACCCUGCAAUUAGCAUGACAUGAUCAUACAAAAAUAUGGUAAGUGACAAACUGACGCAUAAGCGUAAAUGUAAUUUAUUUUUUAUUUUAGUCAGUGGGAAUGAACACACACUUUUGGUCACCGAUUGGAUUACGCAGUACUUCUACGCAGGAUACAAAUAUGAGGUCACAGUUCUGGAUGGAAGUCCUGGUGGAUCUGAAAGAUUCUGGCAAUUUCAGUGGUAGCCACCAGCAUAAAUGUUUGCUGCGCUUUGCUUUUCUUGAAUUGAUGCAAAAGGAUUUGAAUGAAUUUAAAGACCUCUGGAACCAACACAGAAUUAGACCCUCAAGGAUGUCAGCUUGUCCUUCUGGAAUUCCCAGUGAGAUUUUUAGCCUACCACAUAGAUUCCAAUCAAGAAACUUUGGAUACGUUGUUUCAGAAGAGAAGCUUCGUCAACUGGCAACACAAUGCAAGGAAAUUUGCAAUUGUGGAGAUGAAACCAUACAAGAAUAUUUAGAUUUCAUAAAGCAGCAGUACAAUUUACAAACUCCACUCACAUGGAGAUCUGCUGUAGAAUUAUUUUUGAGGCUAAAAGAAAUUUGUAAUACCUGAAUAUUUUGUAGUAUGUAUCAAUGUGGUUUGUUUUUUCUUGUGUAUGUUGCGAUGUAAAGUACUAUUACUUCUCUCAUUUAUUUUAGCUAAUAUUGUAACACUUUAUAUUUAAAUAAAUAUAUUUUGGGUAUUCUCUUUCCCGAGUGCAUUUUUAGAUCUUGCAUAAUUUAAAUUAGUUAUUCCAGCACCAUCAAGCAUGUACCAGAAACCACCUGUAGACAGGACUUGCAAAUUGAAACACAAAUUGAAUUGAUUUGAAUUAACCUUCACAACCAUGAAAUUUAGUUGUUAUGAAUUUGUGUGUUCCAGCUGCAAAUAUAACAAUAAAAAGGCAACAGUGACAAGCAUUAUUUAAUCUUUCAACAGUAGAUGCACCAAUGGUGAC